UGCUAAUGCUAUGUACCAUACAUGCUGUACUAUUACAUGGGACACUUGCUUCUCUAAUAUUUCAAAACUCACACAAUUUGGAAUAAGUCUGAAUUUAAAAUGUUGAAGAGAAAACCUUCAAAUGUUUCAGAAAAGGAAAAACCACAGAGACCAAAGUUUCCUGCCUUAUGGGGAAAAGAAGAAACACCAGAUAAGGGGAAAGCACUACUUCAUCCUAUAAAGCGUAGCAGCAGCUUUGGGAAUUUUGAUCGUUUUCGAAACAAUUCCAUAUCCAAACCAGAAGAUUCAAAUGAGAAAUGUGAAGAAGAGGGGAUAAAUGAAGGUGGAGAGGAAGAAUCAGCUAAAACUCCAAAUAACAGCAAAAGUCUAGGCAAAAAAAUGCGGGCUAUUUCCUGGACCAUGAAGAAAAAAAUUAGUAAGAAGUACAUCAAAGCCCUUUCUGAGGACAAGGAUGAAGAGGAUGAAGAAGAUACUUACUCAUAUAGAAACAGUGACCCAGGAGUUGCCGCUUACACUGAGAAAUUUCCUCUCAAAGGCAGUGACUCCAUGGACAGUAUCUACAGUGGUCAAAGCUCAUCCAGUGGAAUCACAAGCUGUUCAGAUGGUACAAGUAAUAGAGACAGCCUUAGAUUGGAUGAUGAAGUCCCAUACACAGGGCCAUUCUGUGGCCGAGCAAGAGUACACACAGAUUUCACACCGAGUCCCUAUGAUACUGACUCACUAAAAAUUAAAAAAGGAGACAUUAUAGACAUUAUCUGCAAAACACCAAUGGGCAUGUGGACAGGAAUGUUGAAUAAAAAAGUGGGCAAUUUCAAAUUCAUUUAUGUGGAUAUUUUGGAAGAGGAAGCCACACCCAAGAAGAUAAAAACAUACCCCAAAAGUAAGAAGGCCAAACCACAAACUGUGCAGGAAUUCUUAGAAAGGAUUUUGCUUCAGGAAUAUAUUUCAACACUUUUGCUAAAUGGUUACGAGACCCUGGAAGAUUUAAAAGAUCUAAAGGAAAGUCAUUUGAUUGAAUUGAACAUUGAAAACCCAGAAGACAGGAUGAGAUUGCUAUCAGCUGCUGAAAGUCUGUUUGAUGAUGAAAUUUUAGAAGAAGAAAGUGAACCUGCAUCCCUAUCUUUAAAGCCAGACAUCACUUUUAACAAGUCACAGUUCAAUGACUGUCCAAGAGAUUCUGGUUGUUAUAUCUCAUCAGAAAGUUCAGAUAAUAGCAAAGAAGACCUGGAGUCUGAAAAGCUGUCUAGUAUGGUAGACAAAAUUACUAUCACAGAAUCAAAUGAUUGAGCCUAUAUUUUUCAACAUUAUAAGUAAAUCCAAAGAUAAAAGUAAUAGUUAGUAAAGAUAUUGUGAAUUGUGACAGUUUUCAUAGUCAAUAAUCUUUGAUGAUACACAGCAGAUUUUAUUAUCUUUAUGUUUCAAAAUUCUGGUUUAACAAAAGAACCUUCAUUGUUAAAUGAUUUGUAGACUAUAGCUGGGAAAAGAAAAUAACAGGAAAAUAUGUUUCUUUAAAAAAGCUUUCUACAUCAAAAAAUUAUUAUCCUUUAUGCAUCCCCAAUUGUUGUAAAUAGCAGCAUAUGUAUUUAUUAUUUUAAAUGCUAGAUGUUAAUAGCUUAUUGUUCCUUAUUCUUCAUGUCCCUGAUGUACAUGAAACUUACCUUUAGAAGCAUUUUACAAAUUCAUUAUAUUAAUAUUUGACCCUUAAGAAAAAGCAGUACAACCCUCCAUGCCUACCAGUUACAAACUGAUGUGUGCAAUUAUAGUAAUGAAUAGUUAUAACACAGACAACUGCUCAUAAGCUUAACGAUAAAUCUCUUGUCAAUAUUCCUUCUUUCCCUACCCCUACUUCAAACAAGUUGUUAAAGCAUUUUACUCGGCAUGGUUUAUAUUUUUAAAUGAUUUUAAUGAUCUUUUUAAUUGUUAAAUAUUUACCAAUUUUUUAAAAGAACUAAAAGAGAUUUUGCAAGCAUAACCUUUAAUAAAAUUACAUCUAAUGUAAAUACCAUUGAUGUUGUCCUAAAAUAUUCACACUCGGUAUCUUUUAUCUCAAAAUUGUCUUAAUGUUGAUAAUAAAUGGAACUAUGUGAUAA